GCGUCGGCCGGCCGCUGGCUGCCUGCCCCUCUCGGUGACUGUGGUGGCCCGUGGCUCUCUCCCCGGCUCCGCAGUACGCCCGUGGGCGGCGAGGGUUCGUCCCACCGCUCGGUCGGGUGCAGAAUGGCGGCGGCAGUUCGGAUGAACAUCCAGAUGCUGCUGGAGGCGGCCGACUACCUGGAACGGCGGGAGAGAGAAGCUGAACAUGGGUAUGCCUCCAUGUUACCAUAUAGUAACAAGGACAGAGAUUCCUUAAAACGGAGAAACAAAUCCAAGAAGAACAACAGCAGUAGCAGAUCAACUCACAAUGAGAUGGAAAAGAAUAGACGUGCUCACCUUCGUUUGUGCCUGGAGAAAUUGAAGGGGUUGGUGCCCCUGGGGCCUGAGUCAAGCCGACACACCACACUGAGUUUGUUAACCAAAGCCAAGUUGCACAUAAAGAAACUUGAAGAUUGUGAUCUAAAGGCCGUCCACCAAAUUGACCAGCUGCAGCGGGAGCAACGACACCUGAAGAGGCAGCUGGAGCGGCUGGGUGUGGAGCGGGUGCGCAUGGACAGCGUUGGCUCUGCUGUCUCCUCGGAGCGCUCUGAUUCGGACAGGGAGGAGCUCGAUGUGGAUGUGGAGAGCACAGACUACCUCACAGGGGACUUGGACUGGAGCAGCAGCAGCGUGAGCGACUCUGAUGAGCGCAGCAGUACACAGAGCCUUGGCAGUGACGAGGGUUACUCCAGUGCCGGCCUCAAGAGAGUAAAACUACAGGACAGUCGCAAGGAGUGCCUUGGGCUAUAGGAGAGGCUCCUGCUGGCACUCGCUGUGGGAUCUGACUAGGUAGUGUAUUGCCCACGACACCCUUGCACACAAACUUCAUGUAUCACCUUUACCAAAUUCAGCUCUUUCCAAUUUUCCAGGAAGUGCAUAGGAUUGUGGGUUUCUGAGUGCGAUCAGUAGCUUCUCUCUCUCUCCAUAAAAGUUGACUCUGAGAAACUGUACUACAUUCCAGUCAAUUCAAAGCACCCACAAAUUCUUAGCCCGCAUCAGCAAUGUUCACAUCUCAGCAACGUCCCCCUCUUUACUGCCCUUCUGCAACUGACCAUCCCUUUCUUAAGAUCUUUGGUUUUCAGUGUUACUUGACUAGGAGAAAAGUCCAAGUAUGACUUGUGCAUAGGAAACUGAAAGAGACAACAAACUUAUGUCAAGAUCUGGAUCUCAAAACUCCGAAGGAAGCUUUGAAAGCAAAUUGAAGAGCACUUACCACAGCCUUGCCUGGCAAGGAAGUUGGGAUUACCUUCAGAAAACACCCUUCCAUGCAGUCCACAGCCCGGCCCUCCCUACUCUAAAACAGACACCUAACAACCUAUCUUUGGGGUUGCCCAACUUGAUAGAAGCCUGAGUGCACUUCUGUCUAAAGUUUGUCAAUGCUCCUUGUGUCUGGAACCUUUUUCCUACCUCAGAGAUAAAUGAGAUCUCCAUUUUCCACAUAAAAAUGAUUAUGCUUCUUCCCCCCACCCCAAAAUGAACAACAUUUGGUCCCAUUCUAAUCUCUGUUCCUGUCUUAACUUUUCAGCAAUAAUUGAGCUCCUGUCCUGGCUGAGCUAAUAGCCACCACUAGUGAGAGAAAUGGGCCCCUCUUCUGCUGGAGGGGCUAUUUGGUGUCACCUGAGCCCUAACCAGCUGGAUUUAUAUACCCAGAACCUUCCUUAGAGAGACUUUUGGGUCAGUGAUUUCACUUUGGUUAUGAUCUCCCCCUUAAGUGGUUUUCCACUUUGUAGCAGUUUUAUUUAAGCCAAAUCAGAGCACAUGCAUAUGUACAUAAGACACAUGAAAUCUAUAAAUACUAUUUAUUCAUUUUAUAUAAACUAAUGUAAUGAAAAAUAAAUUCUUACGACUUUGUGCUUUUAUAGAUGUUCUAGAAACUUUGUACAUAGGUACCUACAAAGUUGGUUCAAUUCUUCUUAAUAUUUUUGAGGUCUGGAUCUUUUCAGCCUUUGUGAAUCUUUUUCAUUGAUUAUGAACCAUUUAUAAAACCUGUGAUGCUGAGGCAGAGUGUCACAAAGCAAUGGAACAUUCCUAAAAUACACAGAUACACUGCAGCCUAAAGACUCCACUGCUCAGCAGCCUCUCUACAGUCACAGCACUCCACACCCUCACCACUCCUCAGACCCACUGCACAUUGUCUUAUUCUCCCUCGAAGACUUCUCAAUUCAAGAUCAUCACAUCCAUGGUUUUCUUUAAUAAUUUUUUAAUGUACUAAAAUUUUUAUGUUGGAAGUCGUGGAUCCCUAAAUGACUCCAAGGUAAUCUAUAAUUCAGUUUGCUUCAUUCUCGUUUGUUUUUUUUUUUCUCUCUUCCAUUUCAACUUUCGUUGAGGAAAGGAAAGGUGACACAGGAUUUUCCUUUUUAAUUGUUGGCAUCCAUUCCAAUUACCUGCUGAAGAUUUGCACUGAAAUAUAGCUUGUAUGCCUUUCACAUUCUGAAAGCCCACUUCCUAAGUUUAGCAUAGUCACAGAGCCAGCUAAACCUGUAUGGUGUGUAAAGAAGAUACAUCUGCACUUUGAGGUACCUUCCUAAUGCCAUUUGCUCAACCUCUGAAGCAUUAUAUUUAAUUGCUACAUCCAAGCGCCUCACAAGCCCACGAUGCUGGAUGCUACACAGCAUUGAAAACUCAAGACUGGCAGAAGCUGAUAGGCUUGUACUGGGGGAAGGAAGGGAACAAAAUUUGUAUACAUGUUUAUUUCAUUUAGAAAUAAGGUAUCUGAGAGUUGCUAUUAUUUUCUAUGUUUUAAUUGUUGUACCUUUGAGUUAAACUGCAUUUUUGUCUUUUGGUUGAAAUAUGAAGUGUCAUGUCCCAAUAUAAAGCAGUAAUUACUUGAUCUUGGCCCUGUUUGUCUGGUCCUUUUUAACCUGAUUGCAUGUACAUAUGGAGCCUGCUAGACCUCUUCUGCUUUUAAUGCACUUGUAAUAAACUGACCACCACUGCUUUGAAAGUUUGAGGUAAGCCAAAGUCCAUGUGCUUAUAAGCAGGCUUCUUUCUCUAACCAACCCUGUAACCACCUGCACCCAAGACAGCUGGCUCCUGUCCUUCAUUGAUCACCAGCAUGAGUGCCAAGACAUUAUCUUUUUGGUUGUUUAGGUUUUCUUAAGCAAACAAAAAAAUCUGCCAGACUUGGGACACACCCCUUAUUCCAGCACUCAGGAAGCAGAGGUAGGAGAGGAUUUCUGAGUUUGAAGCCAGCCUAGGAUUACAGAGUCCCAUGUCAGUUUGGGCUAGAGUGAGACCCUAACUUAGAACAAACAAACAAAAAAGAAAAUCUUUCUCUUAGGGUUGUUAGGAAGAGAGGAUGGGCAAAAACAUAAGCCCCAGCCUUACUUCGACAAUUGUAUAUAAAUAUACAUGUGUAGAAAUACAAGCACACAUAGUUUUAUUUGAAAGUUUGGGUUUUUUUUUUUUU